AUGGCCGCGAACCAGGGCUGCGAGCGGUCCGCGUUCAAUUUAGGGCACCUCUUCGAGAAGGGCCUCGUGAUCACGGAGAACGACGUCGUCCGCUACGCGCUCGCGAAGCAGUGGUACGAGCGCGCGGAGGCGCUCGGCUACGCGCGCGCGGAGCAGCGCAUCGCGCACAUCGCGACGCUCGACGCCGCGUCGCCGGAGCCCACGGUCGAGGAGAAGAAGAAGGAGGCCGACUCGGACGUCGACGAGAUGAUGGACAGCGACAACGACGGCGACGACGAGAACGAGCCGGGCGCGGGCCGCGGCUCCGAGGGCGCGAGCAUCCUCGGGAGCCUCAACAUACGCAGCGCCAUCCAGCCUCAGCCAUCGCCGGCCUCCUCCAUAGAAGAGAAAUUUGCACCCCUCCUCCGCGUGCUGGGCUACUACGGCAAGGACAGCACGCGCGCGCGCCAGGCCGAAAAGCUCUUCCGCGCCUGCGCCGUGCAGGCGACGCACCCGAUUUGGGCGAAGCGCGGCGCUGUCAAAACGAAGCAGUUCCGGCCGCAGCACGCCGUGCUCUUCGCGCACGUCUGGAUGCUCCACCGCGCCCUCGAGGAGACGGAGUCGCUCGGCCGCAAGGAGGCGCGUCUCCUUCAGGAGGCCGUCUUCGACGAGCUCUGGGAGGACACGACGGCGCGGAUUCGCGUCACGGGCGUGAACGAGAUCAGCGUCAACAAGCACCUGGGCGACGUGCAGAAGUACUCCUUCGCCGCGGCGCUCGAGUACGACAACGCCGUCGCCAUCGAGGACGAGGCGGAGUCCUCGGACGCGCUCGCGGCCGCCGUCUGGCGCCACGUCUACCUCGCGUCCGACGACCUCUCCGUCGAGCACUGCGUCGACGUCGCGACCUACGUGAAGCGCCAGCUCGACGUC